AGCCAUUUAUAGCAGUGAACGGAUGCUAGAAAUAGAGACGUGGUCAAUAAGAGCCAGAGGAGACAGGCAUUGGAGCCGAUUUCCAAAGGAGAUAUUUCCCAGCUUGCAGCAGCAUGAAAAGCCCUGGGCGCACUCCAAGGCAUGUCAGGUGUCUCAUAAUUUUCAGCCUCUUCCUGGGACUUACCUCCCUCUCGGCAUUCUUCCAUAUGAAGAAUAAGAAUUACAGAUUCUCAAAGAGCCACGAGGAGCUGACGAUCCCUCCCACGUCGUGCCACCCCAAGACAAAUGUCAUGUUCCUCAAAACCCACAAGACUGCCAGCAGCACUGUGCUCAACAUCAUGUUCAGGUUCGCAGAGAGGUACAACCUCACUGUCGCCCUCCCUGCUGACCAGCUCUACCACCUGGGAUACCCAAGGACUUUUGUGGCCCAGUUUGUGGAGGGUUUUGAAACCAUAGGCCAAAAUUACAACAUCAUGUGCAACCACCUGCGGUUUAACCCCUUGGAGGUAAAAAAGGUGAUGGCAGCCAAUACCUUCUACUUCUCCAUCCUGAGGAACCCCAUUCAUCUGCUGGAGUCUUCCUACAUCUACUACAAGAGCAUUGUGCCUGCCUUCAAGAACACCAAGAACGUGAAUGAGUUCCUAGCAUCACCCACAAAGUAUUACCACCCAGCAGAUUACAGGGCAAACAUCUAUGCCAGGAAUAACAUGUGGUUUGACUUUGGCUACAAUAACAACGCGGAGGAUGACACAAAGUACAUCCAAGGCGUCCUGGAGGAGAUAGAGCAGAAUUUCCACCUCAUCUUGAUAGCAGACUACUUUGAUGAGUCCAUGAUCCUCUUGAAGCAUACUUUGUGCUGGGAUCUGGAUGAUGUGAUUUACUUCAAGCUCAAUGCCAGAAGCCAGGAAACUAUCCAGACAUUGACUCCAGAAAGUGCGGAGCAGAUAAAAGCAUGGUGCUCGCUGGACUGGAAGCUCUACCUGCACUUCAACCAGAGCUUCUGGAGGAGAAUUGAGGAGACCAUGGGGCUCGAGGUGCUGGAAAAGGAGGUGGAUCUCCUGCGGACCAGACAGAAGGAGCUCAUGGAGACUUGUCUCUCAGAGCAGGAGGCAGUGAGGAAAGAUCACAUCAGGAAUAAAGCUCUCCUGCCUUUCCAGUCAGGGGCUGCAAAUAUCCUGGGUUACAACCUCAAACAAGACCUGGACAACAGGACUCUGAGAACCUGCCAGAAAAUGGUCAUACCAGAGCUCCAGUACAUGUCCUACCUUUAUGCUGUCCAACACCCACACAAGAAGAAAAAGAUGGGAUUGCCAUUGCUGUGGACCAGUGUCCAGGAGAAGGUGCAGGUCCCAGUGUCCAACUAGGACAUGUGGCAACCCACUGUGGCUUCCCACUGCUCUGCAUCACCCCCUGUCUGACUCAUAACUGACCCACAGGACUCUUGUACAGGAGAGAGAGACAGUGGGGGCUUUGUUUGGGGUCACCAAGUUGGUGGUUGGUCUCUUUUUGGAGACCUUGAGCCAAAGGCUUUGUGUUGACCAGAUCCUGGGUGAUCCCGCCUACCUGCUCCUGGCUGGAGAAAGCCGGGCUGGCUGCAGCUGGCCAAGACAUUCCAGCCUCUUAAUCAUUAAUCAUGAGCGUGAUCAUUUGCCUUCAUUUGAUUUUUUUUGAUAUCCAUCGUUACAUCAGUCUGGUCACAGCUCACUGGAGCAAGUCCAAUGAGCUGUGACCAGAUUGACUGAUUUUGGAGGGUUUAGGGGAGGGGGAGGGAAGUGAGGGGAGUGUAACAAGGGGAUGCAGUGCUCCAGGAAGCAGGAGAGAUGGUGGGUGUCCCAUCCAGCAGCAUCCACACUCAGUGAGGACUAACCACCACAUGCUGCUGGAGCUGCCUUUGGUGUGGCAUCCUGCCCAAAGCCAGGCAUGUAAGCUGUGCCUCACAUGUGUCACCAGGUGAAUGGGCCUCUGUCCUGUGCAGAAGAGGUCAGUGCUCCCCUGGGAAGAAGUUUUGUGGUUUUGCUCCUCACUCUAAGUCAAGGGUCCCUGGGCAUGGAUGUUCCUUUGAGUCCCCAAAGCCUUUUAUCAGAAGACACUCUUUUGGGGCUCCCCAUGCUGUGUUGGCCAAACUAAUCCAGCACGGAUUAGGAGGUGUGAUAGAUUGGCAUUUAAGAAAAAAAUGUAGAAAACACCCACGGAAGUUAAGGCUGCUGGAGGCUGAUGGAGUUUUUUUCUCCUGGCCAAGAGCUGGCCAUUUCUGAGAAUUGACAGUAGUUCUGACCAUUGAAAAGUGAGGUCAACCUGUGAACACCACCCUUUAAAACCUAGGCCUGGGAAUUUCUGUUCUCUCAGUUUCUGGCUUUGAAAGGUAACAGAACUCCAGCUGGCUCCAGUUUCCCACCCUGCACCUGCCAUGUGGCCCAUGGGGCUGGGCUGGGCCUGCCACGGCUCCCGGGUCAGGGGAUGGAGCCUGUGGGAGAUGGAGCCUGUGGGGGAUGGAGCCUGUGGGAGAUGGAGCCUGUGGGAGAUGGAGGCUGUGGGAGAUGGAGCCUGUGGGAAAUGGAGCCUGUGGGAGAUGGAGGCUGUGGGAGAUGGAGCCUGUGGGAGAUGGAGGCUGUGGGAGAUGGAGUCUGCAGGGAUUUCCCUCCUCCCGGGCCGGGCUCUGCCGUGGACCCCAGCCCUGGGCUGGAGCGAGCCACGGCUGCUCGCCCUCACGACUCACACAGACAGCCACAGGCUGAAAAACAGCAUCUGCUGCUUUUCCAGCACUGCCGAGCUGAAAUCCAAUCUCAUAAAUACCUAGCCGUGGCUAGAGCCAGAUUUUAACUCUUUUACCACCCAGAUGAGACCUGCAGAUUUAAUCCUUUUUCCAGAGAGAGAGAGAGAGGGGGGAAGAGAAAGUGAUCAACAUGUAAAGGGACAACAUAAACUAUCAAAGUCAGUGGAGGAAAGAAUCAAGCCUCAGUUGGUGAGAGAAUUAAAGAGAUGCACUAAUAAGCUGAAAUAUUCUUUAGGUAAGGCCAUGGAGAUGGACCAUAAUGUUCUGAAAAAAACUCCUUUAAUUCAUGAAAGAGUAUUUUGGGGGGAAUGAAGUAUUUCAAAGUGUAGACCUGAGCAAAGGUAUCCAUUGAUGAAGCUGAGCAGAUGGUGGAGUGGCUGUGAUCCCAUGAGAUGCUGGAACAGAGAAAGAGAAGUGAGAGUUGAUAGAGAUAGUUGGCCCCCAAGAGAAAAGGAGAAAACCUCUGUUCCCAGAGAUGAUCACAGAGACAGAUGAAGAGAACCUUUGCCUUUGAAUAACUCAUCCUUAAAAUGACACCCCUUGAGUUCAUGGGCCAUGAACACACCUCAGAGUGGUGUGAAAUGGGAGGAGGAGCCUGAUGGCAGAGUUUUCCAGGCAGCUGGCAUCAGGGGAAUGAAAAUCGAUGAGAGAACUGUUUUCUUGUGGAGAACUCUCCAUGAAAUGACAAAAGGAAACUUCUUUUCUCUACAAAGACUGGUGAAAAGACUAUUACAUAGUUGGUACUGUUUUAACCACCAAGUUUUGUCUCUGUGUUGUCAGUUAGACAAGGGAAUGGUUGGGUGGUAGGGAAAAAAGAGUUUCUGGAAGUUUUAUUCUGGUUUCUUAUCCUUGCAGUUUUGUUAAUAAACUUUCUUUAUUCCUUUUUA